AUGGAUUCAGGCGAAAUGCAGUAUCUCUUCAAAGAGACCCGCUUGAACCUCGAGCCUCCCUCUUCUUCUGUGGUGACGGUGCGACUCCCCGGCAGCGACCGUGGUCAGCGAAAAGUAAACGACUUGUCACCUGAAGACGAGACGACAUUUCGAUCGAAGAAUCUCGCCAGCUCAUCGUCAAUCUAUCAUCGUCAAUUCCAUACCUCGCCGCGCAGCUUCCUCUGGCGGGUUCUAGAAGGGGGCAAGAUUCUGAGUGUUCGAGCGGUGGAUGUUUGCCAGAACAAAGAGGACGCGCUGCUAGUCUUGAAUUUCCACUUCGCGACACCGAUUCAGCCUAACUGCGUGGCUUUCUCCGAUCCCCAAGAGCACGAUGCGCUGUGUUUCUUCGUUCUCGAUCAGUCAUACCAACUUUGGACAUUUACGCUGCGGCCGGAUUUGUUCAGGAAGAGGUCCGCCAUAGAUGCAGGGUUAUCGGAUGUUGCGAAGCGCCAUGUCCCAGCCGGCCUGUCGUUUAAACAUCCCUACAGGAUGGUUGCAGUGUCGGCUGAUUGCCUCUUGGUUACUGUCAACGACGGUGGAAUGAUUCGAUUCGACCGAAACCCCCAUAGCGACGGUUCGAAUACGCUGUGGAAAGAAACAUUUUUCAACGUACAAGGAUGGGCUCAGAAUCUGCGAAGCUUACUACCAUUUCAGGGCAAGCAUACUGUGAAGCAUGGGAAGAUGAGCAUGGAGUACAGCGCUGCAGCAUCGGUUCAAGUCACUUCGCUUGGUGUAGAUGAGUGUCUUUUUGCUGUAACCGUUUGUUUAGAUCAUCGCAUGCGCAUUUGGGAUCUCGAUGACGGACAAAUUCUUCACACCAGCGAUAUCUUGGGCAUUGAGCGAGCGCCGCAGGAAGUUGGCAAAUGGUCCAUCGAGCCUUCACAAUCGAAUCUUGUUCAGAUCGUCGGACAUAGCCGGGGUUCGCGGAUCUGCGCAACCUACUCGCCUGUUGGUGCUGGAGAAUUCAAAUUCUGGAUGAUAAGAGCCAAGGGCACCCAUGCCGUUACAGUUGAAGAUCUAUUCCCGACGAUAUCAUUAGUUCCGAUUACACCAUCCUCAUCGGAUGUCUGGACCUUGGCAGACUUCGUCCUUGCAAACCCACAGAAGGAUUCUAUCAGUAUCUGGACACUGUGGAAGAACAACAUGACGUACAAGGUUCAAAAACUCGACCUGGACAGAGAAAACAUGGCUCAAUGCUGGGAAGAGAGCUGGGAAUUAGUUUACAUCGAUACCCGCAUCACAACACCACAAGCCUCGGGACCGAUUGACUCGACCGACGUGACGGAGAAAUGGCUGCAGUUGAUUCUUCAACCCGGUCGAUUCACAAAAUCAACGCUGAAUACCGCACUAUCUAUUUAUGAGCAGGGCUUAGGAGUCUCUAGGGAUGCCAGCCGCGCUCGUGGGCUUGCAGAGUCCAUUUGCUCUGUCUUAGGUUCGACGGCCUCCUUAGAGCGGGGAGCGACUGGCGCUAUGGACUAUGAUCAAUUCCGAUCAUCAAGUGAAAUUCAAUGGCGGAGAUUUUACCGUCUGCUUGUUGAAUUAGACAAGCAAAGAGGGGAGGCAAUGGGUCUUACCUUUGACCCUGAAACGGACAUGGCAUGGGUUGUUUGUGCGGACCUACUUGGUGCUAUUCGGGACUGCAGUGAUCUUGAACGAUUAUACUACAACUUGUCAUUCCCAGAAGAAGAUCAAGCACAGGAAGCUGCGCUGGUCAGCUCCGCCCUCUCAUUUGUCGACGGUUUCUCCGAUAAUUUCGUCCAAACCAGCAACGCGGUUCUCCGUUCCGAAAUUUUCGAGGAAUCUCAGAAGACGGAUAUGGAGCGUAUUCAAUAUUUUUCUGAUAAAGCUGGCUUCUGGCGAGGAAUCACCGACGAGGACUGCGCUCAGAUCGUCGACGCUUUGGGCCAAAACUUUUCCACUGUCACAGACGAGCUGUAUGGCAAAGUAUUUGGUCUGAUUGCUGCGCCAGAGAAUGCUAAGAGGCGAGAACUCUCCCAUCCGCUUAGUGAGUUCGGACGGAAGUUGGUUUCCAAAGCUACACAGGACAGCAUCGAGCUAUACUGGAAAAUUUGUUUCACCCAGCUCAUCCUUCUUGUGCAUAUGGAGUUCGAAUUUGAUACCGAUGAUCAAGCUCUCCACAACAGAGUUGAUAUCGGUACCGCUUACAGAAAAUUUGUCGAGGCUUUACGCAGAGUAGAGUUCCUGCGAUGGCUUGCAAAAACAGAGCUGUCGAAAAAGGGGGCCGAGGACGGGCGGGCCUCGACUGCUUUGGAAAUCAAUCUUGGGCACCUUCUCGGCUUUGGUUCCAUGAACGAACCAAUCGCAACCAGCAUCACAGAGCUUGUUUCCAAUCUCUGUGCGCCCGACAGUGACAUUGAAAUCAGCCCUUCGACAGUCCAGUGCUACCUGCUAAAGAAUGAGAGGGCAGACCUGGCACUGGAUUUGGCACCAUUUGCUGAGCAAUCUCCCUUCUCUAUCUACGUGCAAGGUCGCGUAUUUCUAGCUCUUCAAGAUUUCAGCUCCGCUUCUAUCCACUUCAGAAAAGCUGCUAUAGGAAUGGGGUCGACAGAUACCAAGAUAGAUCGCUACCUGAGCAGCGGGCUGCUGGACUCAACAGAGUGGAGCCUCAUCAACCAUGGCCUUGCUAAAUACUACUCCCACCUCGUCGCCUUGUAUGAGAAGUACAAGGCGUACUCUUAUGUUGUUGAAUUUGCCAGGUUGUCGAUUCAGUUCUUCGACUCUACCUCGAGCAACGACAACCUUCUCAAAACUGACAUGCUAAGCCGCCUUUUUAACGCAGCCGUGGCCACAGCUCAGUUCCAACUGGCACAUAUGACCCUUACCUCGCUCAAGGACGACGCAUUGAAACACUCCAGCUUACGGAAAUUGGUUUCCAAGAUGUGCGAGACAAACCACAACAAUGACCUGAUCAAACUUCCAUUCCCGGGGAUGCAGCGUGAUGUCGAUGAGAUUCUAGCUCAGAAAUGCAAGGCGAUUAUGGAUGUGAUCAACGGCUUUCCAUACCACCAAAUUCUCUACUCUUGGAGGAUCAGGCAUGGCAAUUUCAGAGGCGCUGCCUCGAUUCUGCUAGACCGAAUUCAAAAACUCCGGCUGGCUGGUGAAGGGGACAAGAUUGAUGGCGACGACGUCCUUGAUACACCAGUUACGCGGCAGUAUAUCUUGCUUAUCAAUGCUCUGAGCUGCGUCGACACGAAACAGGCAUGGAUUUACGAUGAAGGUGUCCCAGGCUCAGAAGCCAAGGGAGACGGAGAGGCGAAGAGGAAAGUGGUGUCGUUGGCGGACAUACGGAAGCAAUACCAGGCUGAGUUGGAUAGGAUCACCGCCAUCCAGAACAACCAGUUUGGAUUCAAGGCUGACGAUAUAAUGGACCUCUCGUGA